UAUACGCUUUACGGAGACACUUUUGGUCUCAAGAACAGGCAAUUUGGUAGCAUCUACACCGACACACGUUUGUGCAGUGCUAUCUUCAGCCAUUGUCCCGAGGUGCAUUUGACUGUCCUCUCCUAUUCACACAGGCAGAGGGGCCAAAGUACUUUCUCGCCUAAACUGGUUAACACUUACAUGGUUGCGUAUAAGGCAGAUCUGGAAGCGCACAUCAUAAAGUCUGCUGUAUCAUUGAGCGUGAAUGGUCACUCAGAUUCAUUUGCCUCCUUCAUCGGUGGCAACUUGGAGGUAGAAGAAGUCUGGCCCAAAUGA